AUGCGGGUGCUGGUGCCCACUCGCGUGGGGCAGGUGUAUGUCUAUGACUCCCCGAAGGGUGAGAAGGACGAGUACGAUUUCCCUCGUCACCUCCACUCCGCUGGGUCCCAGGAGAUCUACGACGUGCCGCCGGUCCGAGGGGGGGUCCCCGGCCAGUUUGGCCAGGAGGUCUAUGAUACCCCCCCCAUGGCAGUGAAGGGUCCCAACGGGCAGGACCCAGGGCAGGAGAUCUACGAUGUGCCCCCCAGCGUGGAGAAGAACCUGCACCAAACUGUGUACGACGUGCCCCCCUCGGUGAGCAAGGACGUGCCGGACGGGCCGGCGCGGGAGGAGACCUACGACGUGCCCCCCGCCUUCGCCAAGCAGAAGGGCUUCGACCCCCCCCGCCACCCCCUCGUCCUGGCCCAGCAAGAACCCUACUUGCCAGAGGACGUCUACGACGUUCCCCCGGCGGCUGGGAAAGCUGCUCCUGAGCCUCUGCUCUCUCACGAGAUCUACGAUGUGCCCCCCAGCCUCAAAAAGCUGGGGGGGUCCACCUUCCCCUGCCAGGAGGUGUACGACGUGCCCCGGGACCUGCACGCCCCAGGGAAGGGCUCCCUGGACACGGAGGGCGAGUACAUCUACGACGUCCCGCCCCAAGUGGACCGCGAGGCCAAAGGUGCCGACGCCAAGCGCCUCUCGGCCUCCAGCACGGGCAGCACCCGCAGCAACGUCUCCACCUCCUCGCUGGACGUGGUGCCCGUGAAGGAAACGGCCAAAGGGCACGGCAACGCCUCCCUGCUCUUCAAAAGGACAAAGCCCGCGGGGGAGAGCGGCGGCCACGGGCCCCCUCACCCCUCCGAGAAGGCCAGCAGCAUCCAGUCCCGCCCGCUGCCCUCCCCACCCAAGCUGCUGGCCCAGGAGUCACCCGACGGGCCCUACGAGAACAGCGAGGGUGGCUGGAUGGAGGACUAUGACUACGUCCAUCUCCAGGGCAAAGAAGAGUUUGAGAAGACCCAGAAGGAGCUGCUGGAGAAAGGCAACAUCAUCCGGCAGAGCAAGGACCAGCUGGAGCACCAGCAGCUGAAGCAGUUUGAGCGGCUGGAGCAGGAGGUGUCGCGUCCCAUCGACAACGACCUGUCCAACUGGAGCCCCCCCCAGCACUACAGCCCGGCACGGGGCGGUGGGGCCCUGUGUCCCGCCGACCGCCAGCUCCUCCUCUUCUACCUGGAGCAGUGCGAGGCCAACCUCACCACCCUCACCAACGCCGUCGACGCCUUCUUCACCGCCGUCAGCACCAACCAACCCCCCAAGAUCUUCGUGGCCCACAGCAAGUUUGUCAUCCUGAGCGCCCACAAGCUCGUCUUCAUCGGGGACACGCUCUCCCGCCAGGCCAAGGCCCAGGACGUCCAGCACAAGGUGAUGCACUACAGCAACCUCCUCUGCGAGAUGCUGAAGGAGAUCGUGGUGACCACCAAGGCCGCCGCCCUCCACUACCCUUCGCCCUCCGCCUCCAAGGACAUGAUGGAGCGUGUCAAGGACCUCGCCAACAGCACGCAGCAGUUCAGGAUGGUGCUGGGCCAGCUGGCCGCCAUGUGA